CGCAAUUUACUUUCAAACAGGUGUUCUUGGCUUGAAUAGGUGAAAAUUAAUUAAAGAAAAGCCAGAAAUGGCCUAUCUCUUCCUUCUUUUAGGGGGCUUCUACCUCUUCACGUGAUUCUGACUGCAGUUUUGCAGUGCCCCCGACAACUUCUUUGCAGCUCAUUGCCUCUUUCGUCCCUUCGUUUGUCACCUUCUGCUUGCUAUUGCACUUGCUCUUUUUCUUCCUCUGCCCCCUUCCCUCCCCACUCCACAAUGAAACUUCUUGAUGAUUCUGCUAACCCUGACAUUGAUUGCCUCAACAAAAUGCUCCGUUACUCCAACAAGAUGAUGAGCCUCCAAAAUGCCCUUCUCAUUCUGUCUCUCCUCGUCUCGGCCGCCGCCGAUUCGCCUCCCCGGAGCCUGCUGCUACCCCACGACGCUUCUGCCCUGUUGGCAUUCAAAUCUAAGGCCGAUUUGAGCGACAAGCUUCGAUUUUCUCGCAACACCAGCUUGGCUUUCUGCAACUGGCAAGGCGUGCAAUGUGUUCAAGCCAGAGUGGUCCGGUUCGUCCUCGAAGGGCUAGGUCUCGGCGGAGUUUUGGGUCCCGACACACUGACUCGUCUCGACCAGCUCCGAGUCUUGAGUCUCCAGAACAACUCGCUCACCGGACCCAUUCCCGAUCUCUCCGGCCUCCUCAACCUUAAAACCCUAUUUCUCGACCACAACUCGUUUUCCGGUUCCAUCCCCCCUUCCAUCUUGACUCUCCAUCGUCUCCGAACUUUGGAUCUCUCUUUUAACAAUCUUACUGGCGCAAUCCCUCCUUCUUUGAAGAAUCUGGACCGCCUCUACUUCUUCCGGCUCGAUUCAAACCGGCUCAAUGGCUCCAUUCCUCCCCUCAACCAGUCCUCUCUUGAAGUUUUCAAUGUCUCCCGGAACAACCUCACCGGCGCCGUACCAGUCACCCCGACUCUGCUCCGUUUUGGGCUGUCCUCGUUUUCAUGGAACCCCGGACUCUGCGGCGAGAUCAUAAAAAAGGAGUGCACGCCGCGAGUACCGUUUUUCGGUCCAUCGGCGCUGCCCCCGCCGCCGCGACGGGGGGCGGCGCUGGGGCAGAACGAGCAGCUGCAGAAGGGCGUUGAUUUGACUGAACCGAGGCAAAACAAUUACAAAAAAAGGGCCGUCAUUCUUGGGUUUUCCUCCGGCGUCUUGAUCCUAAUUUCUUCCAUCGUCUGCUUCGCGGUGGCUGUGAAGAAGCGGAGGAACCAGAAGGUCGCGGAGCUGAGCCGGCAGAUGAUCUCCUCCGAUUCGGCAGCCACUGACGUCGCCGCCGCCGUGAUGAGAAUCGAAGAGGAGAACGAGCUGGAAGAGAAGGUGAAGAAGAUGCAAGGAAUUCAGCUGGCGAAGAGCGGGAGCUUGGUAUUUUGUGCGGGGGAGGUACAGGUUUACACCCUGGACCAGUUGAUGAGAGCGUCGGCGGAGCUGUUGGGAAAGGGGAGCAUUGGAACCACUUACAAGGCGGUGCUGGAUAACCGUCUGAUCGUCUGCGUGAAGCGGCUUGAUGCGGCCAAAUUGGCGGGAACAAGCAAAGAAGCGUUCGAGCGGCACAUGGAGUCGGUGGGGGGCCUCCGGCACCCGAAUCUGGUACCGCUUAGGGCUUACUUUCAGGCCAAAGAAGAGCGGCUUCUCAUCUACGACUACCAGCCCAACGGCAGCCUCCUCUCUCUCAUCCACGGCUCAAAAUCAACAAGGGCAAAGCCACUGCACUGGACAUCAUGCCUGAAAAUAGCUGAGGACGUAGCACAAGGCCUGGCCUACAUCCACCAAGCAUGGCGGCUGGUUCACGGCAACCUCAAGUCCUCCAACGUCCUCCUCGGCUCCGACUUCGAGGCCUGCCUCACCGACUACUGCCUCGCCGCCCUCACCACCUCCUCCUCCGACCAACAGGUCAACGCCGGCACCUACACUGCUCCCGAGGCCCGAAAGUCGAUCAGCAAAUCCACCUCCAAGUCCGACGUCUACUCCUUCGGGGUUCUCGUGCUCGAGCUUCUCACGGGCAAGCCGCCCUCGCAGCACCCGUAUCUAAUGCCCGAUGAUCUGAUGAAUUGGGUCCGGUCCUCCAGGGAAGACGACGGCGGGGACGACCACCGGCUGGGGAUGCUUCUUGAGGUGGCCGUGGCUUGCAGCGCGACGUCGCCGGAGCAGCGGCCGACAAUGUGGCAAGUAUUGAAGAUGAUACAAGAGAUUAAAGAUGCCGAGGGUGGUGAAUAUGACAAUUUACCGUUACAGGAAGAGUGAGGCAGGCAGCAGCCAUUAAAGAAACGAGUUUUUUAAAGUUUUUUUUGGGUUGGAAUUGUUCAACACCGGGUGGCUGGCUAGCUUCAUAAUUGCAGGGGUUUGAGAUUGAUAUUGCUAGUGGAUGUGGAUUGUGAAUUAUGGUGGUGGUUGUAGGAAGAUCAAAUUCUGGAAUUUAAAGAAUAUUGAUAUAAUGGCGGUAGCUACAGCAUACCGCUGCAUGCUUAAA